CGCCACUGCGCAUGCUCGCCACCGCCACUGUUUGCACGCUGCAGUCGCGGCCACGCGCGCCGCACACCACACGCACCCAUGCAUAAUACACCAUACUAAAUAAAAAAACAUCCAUCGGAAUUAAUCACGAAACCUAAACAAAAAAUUAUAAAUAAAAAUAACAUACAAUUUUAAAAAUAUCUCCAACGAAGUGCAUAAUAAUAUUAGCUGUAAAAAUGUGCAAAAAUGUUGCUAUGGUGCCCAUGAAGAAGAGUGUGGACUCAGCUAUCCAGAAGUCAUGUAAGCCAGCUAUGCUGGGUCGCAUGUGGCAGGCGAGCCGGCGGGCGCUCAACCUUGAGCACAGUCCAGCUCAUCAGUUCGCCUGCAGUCAGUGGCAAUCCAGUCCACAUCCCUCCACAGUCUACCUUAUAUACAGAUGGUUGUUUUUCGUGUCCGUGGUGUCGAUUGGCGUGGCCAGCUUCUCUUGCCAGCGAUUGCCGCGGCUGUACGAAGGGCCUAAGGUGGAGCUCAACUACAUGAAGUGGUUCAUCUACUUCACCAACUGGGGCUACUUGCUGAUAGCACUGCAGGCUGGACUCGCGCUAGCUGUCCUACAUCGGUACAGAGCACAAAAAUUCAACUCACUCAACCUACGUUUUGCAGCAUGCGAAGAGGACGAGAUCCCGAUACCAUUGGGUCGGCGCGCGCGCACACCGCUGCUUUGCCGAGCCUACUGGCUCUCACAUAACAUUGCCACGGACUUGGCUUUCGUCAUCUCGCUUGUUUAUUGGGCACUGGUACAUGAUCCUAAAAUCCACGAGGUGAAUGCCCUAAACGUGCUGGUUCACGGCGGGAACUCAUUGUCUAUGCUGUUGGAGCUGGCAGUGACGUCACAUCCCGUGCGAGCGGCGCACGCGCUGUACAGUGCAGGCGCGGGACUCGCGUAUGGAGUGUUUAGCGCGUUUUACUGGGCUGUUGGUGGCACUGACAGGAUUGGAAGGCCAGCUAUUUAUCCGGCUCUAGAUUGGAAUAAACCUGGCUCAGCAUUCGGCUUCGUGGCCCUCUGCGCAGUGGUGAUGGUGUUCGCGCACGCGCUCGCGACGUUCGUGGCGGCCGCUCGCACUCGCCUCGCUUCGCGCAUGCGUGCCCGCAACCACGCCGACCGACUCGCGCUGCCUACGCACUGAUCGCACGGGAAACUGCACUAGUUGUUACUUUCAACGUGCUUGGACAUUUUAUUUUUCGACUGUCUUAUUCAUAGUGAAAUUCUAA